AGCAAACCAUUUAUACGCAUAGGACCAGAUCACAUCACACAUUCCUUGAAUUUCCAUCCUCCCAAACAUGGGUCUACGCAAAUUCUUCAGGAAGAAGGCUCAUAGCACGGACGACGGCGAGGCUGCGACAACCAAAAACACGAAUGUCAUAGCUGAUGAGGCUCCCGACAUCCCACUUGGCUUAGAUGUGUUGGUCGAAGGAGUCGAUCCGGUAGUGGAUAUCGUCGCAAUACACGGCCUCAAUGGUCACCGAGAAAAGACCUGGACGGCGGGGAACCAAGUAAACUGGUUACGAGACGCGAACAUGCUAUCGAGCAUUAUACCGAAUACUAGAAUAAUGAGCUGGGGCUACGAUGCCAAUACACACAGCACAAAGGAAUUAUCGGCGAUGUAUCUCUAUGAUCAUGUACAGAAUCUGGUAUCAGAUCUAAGCCUUUAUAGAAGAAGUGAUAAGACGAAUAUACGGCCCAUUAUUUUCGUUGCCCACAGUCUCGGGGGGAUAGUUCUCAAGAGCGCGCUCAUACACUCCGACUCCAUGCGGUCCGGCCAUCUGUAUCAUUACAGAUCUAUUAAGACGUCUAUAUAUGGAAUCAUAUUCAUGGGUACUUCUUAUUAAGGAGGCGAGGGAGUAGCAUGGGGCAAGAGACUCGUCGAUAUAGCCUCGAUUUUUGUCAAAACAAACGAUAAGCUUCUCAAUAUUCUUGAAAAAGACUCGGAGAUUCUAUAGUAGCAGCUUAGUCAGUACAACUCUAUUAGCGGUGAUUUCGAGACGAAGUUUGCAUACGAGGCCAAAGCCACACUACUAGCUUUGGGUAAGGCCAUGAUCGUCGUUCCAAAGUCCUCUACUGUAGUUCCAGGCCAAGUAGAUGCCGAGCCGAUUGCUAUUAUGGAUAAUCAUAUUAAUAUGGUCAAGUUUGCCGGGCAAAGCAACGAAUUCAAGAAG